GCGCCGCCGCGCUCAGAGACACGCAGACACUCCGCUGCCUCCGACUUUGGAUAUUUUUAUUUUGGGGGGGGGGGUCGGUUUCUCGGAGAAGAAGCCCGGAGACAGAAAAGAAGACGUUGGAGGUAAAAAACAACAACAACAACAGAGAUUAUAAUACGGGUUCUCACGGCGGAAUGGCGGACCGGGACCCGGUGCCGCUGACUGCGGAGGUGCGGGCGAGACUGGCCGAGCUGGAGCUGGAGUUAUCCGAGGGUGACAUCACGCAGAAGGGCUAUGAGAAGAAGAGAUCCAAGCUGAUUGGAGCCUUCUUCCCCCAAACACCAGGAAUGGAGUCGUCCAUGGGCCUGGAGAGGAGAGCCCCGGUCACCCCGUCCUCGUCCUCCCGGUACCACCGCCGGCGGUCUUCCGGCUCCAGAGACGAACGUUAUCGAUCAGACGUGCACACGGAGGCGGUGCAGGCGGCGCUGGCCAAGAACAAAGAGAGGAAGAUGGCCGUGCCGAUGCCUUCGAAGCGCCGCUCGCUGGUGGUGCAGACGUCGAUGGACGCCUACACGCCGCCAGACACCUCCUCCGGCUCGGAGGGCGAGGGCCAUGGCGACGGCCGUGAAGAGGAGCGAGGAGACGGCGAGGAAGAGAACGGAGGAGGAGGAGGGGGAACCUGCUUCAGCCGGGAGGGGAGCAUCAGCAUGGAGCGCUGGAUAAACCGGGCCAUCCACGGCACCUCCUCCACCACCACCACCACCUCCUCCACGGCCUCCUCCUCCUCCUCCUCCACGCGCAGUGGGGGCAGCGGGGCGGCCGGCGGCAGGCUGGCCGACGUCCUCGCCCAACACGCCCACAUCUCCGCCCACCACCACGCCCGCCACCACCACCACCAUCACCACCACCACCGCAAGACAGAGAACCACUCCGCCCCUCCGGACGUCACCGGCUACACCAACAACACCGCCGACGGGAUCAAGGUGGAGAGAGCGCCGGGCGCCGGCACCGCCGCCCAGAGGCCGACGCCCAAGUACGGCAACGCCGAGCUGAUGGAGACCGGAGACGGUGUCCCAGUCAGCAGCAGAGUUUCAGCCAAAAUACAGCAGCUCGUCAACACUCUGAAGAGACCCAAGCGGCCGCCGCUGAGGGAGUUUUUUGUCGACGACUUCGAGGAGCUGCUGGAAGUCCAGCAGCCGGACCCCAACCAGCCCAAGGCGGAGGGCGCCCAGAUGUUGGCCACGCGCGGCGAGCAGCUGGGCGUGGUGACCAACUGGCCCCCGUCUCUGGAGGCGGCGCUGCAGAGGUGGGGCACCAUCUCCCCGAAGGCCCCCUGCCUCACCACCAUGGACACCAACGGCAAGCCGCUCUACGUGCUCACCUACGGAAAGCUGUGGUCCAGGAGCGUGAAGGUGGCCUUCAACCUGCUGCACAAGCUGGGAACCAAGCAGGAGCCGCUCGUCAGGCCCGGGGACCGGGUGGCGCUGGUCUUCCCAAACAACGACCCCGCCGCCUUCAUGACGGCGUUCUACGGCUGCCUGCUGGCCGAGGUCGUCCCCGUGCCGAUAGAAGUGCCGCUGUCCAGGAAGGACGCCGGCAGUCAGCAGAUCGGCUUCCUGUUGGGCAGCUGCGGCGUGACGGUGGCGCUGACCAGCGACGCCUGCCACAAAGGGUUACCCAAGAGCCCCACCGGAGAGAUCCCACAGUUUAAAGGCUGGCCCAAGGUGCUGUGGUUCGUCACGGAGUCCAAACACCUCUCCAAACCUCCCCGAGACUGGUUCCCGCACAUCAAGGACGCCAACCAGGACACGGCCUACAUCGAGUAUAAGACCUGUAAGGACGGCAGCGUCCUCGGAGUGACGGUCAUGAGGAUAUCGCUGCUCACACACUGCCAGACGCUCACACAGUCCUGCUCUUAUACAGAAGCCGAGACCAUAGUGAACGUCUUGGACUUCAAGAAGGACGUGGGGCUGUGGCACGCCGUCCUCACCAGCGUCAUGAACAUGACGCACGUCAUCAGCAUCCCGUACGCCCUCAUGAAGGUCAACCCCCUGUCCUGGAUCCAAAAGGUCUGCCAGCACAAAGCCAAGGUGGCGUGUGUGAAGUCGCGGGACAUGCACUGGGCUCUGGUGGCCCACCGGGAGCAGCGGGACAUCAACCUGAGCUCCCUGCGCAUGCUGGUGGUGGCGGACGGUUCGAAUCCCUGGUCGAUCUCGUCCUGCGACGCCUUCCUCAACGUCUUCCAGACUAAAGGUCUGAAGCCGGAGGUCAUUUGUCCCUGUGCCAGCUCCCCCGAGGCCCUGACUGUCGCUUUAAGAAGGCCCGUGGAGGAGGGCAGCACCCCCGCGGGCCGCGGCGUGCUGUCCAUGCAGGGUCUGAGUCACGGCGUGAUCCGGGUCGACUCGGAGGAGAAGCUGUCCGUCCUCACGCUGCAGGACGUCGGCGCCGUCAUGCCCGGAGGCACGAUGUGCGUGGUGCGACCAGAAGGAGUUCCUCAGCUCUGCAGAACCGAUGAGAUCGGAGAGUUGUGCGUCUGCACGGUCGCCACGGGAACCUCGUACUACGGCCUGGCCGGCAUGACCAAGAACACCUUCGAGGUUUUCCCCGUGACCAACGCUGGCGCCCCCGUCAGCGAGUUCCCCUUCACCAGGACCGGCCUGCUGGGGUUCAUCGGUCCCGGCGGUCUGAUCUUCGUGGCGGGGAAGAUGGACGGUCUGAUGAUGGUCGGCGGCCGGCAGCACAACGCGGACGACAUCGUGGCCACGGCGCUCGCCGUGGAGCCCAUGAAGUUCGUCUACAGGGGCAGGAUCGCCGUGUUCUCCAUCACGGUGCUCCACGACGAGCGGAUCGUGGUGGCGGCGGAGCAGCGGCCCGACGCCACCGAGGAGGACAGCUUCCAGUGGAUGAGCCGCGUCCUGCAGGCGAUAGACGGUAUCCAUCAGGUGGGCGUCUACUGCCUGGCUCUGGUGCCCUCCAACACUCUGCCCAAGACUCCCCUGGGUGGCAUCCACCUGUCGGAGACCAAGCAGCUCUUCCUGGAGGGGGCGCUGCACCCCUGCAACGUGCUCAUGUGUCCACACACCUGCGUCACCAACCUGCCCAAACCCCGGCAGAAACAACCAGAGAUCGGUCCCGCGUCCGUGAUGGUGGGGAACCUGGUGUCGGGGAAGAGGAUCGCUCAGGCCAGCGGCCGGGAUCUGGGUCAGAUCGAAGACAAUGACCAGGCAAGGAAGUUCCUCUUCCUGUCUGAGGUGUUGCAGUGGAGAGCCCAGACCACCCCGGACCACGUCCUCUACACACUGCUCAACACAAGGGGUACGAUAGCCAGCUCUCUGACGUGUGUCCAGCUGCACAAGAGGGCGGAGAAGAUCGCCGGCAUGCUGGCGGAGCGAGGCCACCUGCAGGACGGAGACCACGUGGCUCUGGUCUACCCCCCAGGCAUCGACCUCAUCGUGGCGUUCUACGGCUGCCUUUACGCCGGCUGCGUGCCGAUCACGGUGCGUCCGCCUCACCCUCAGAACAUCGCCACCACGCUGCCGACCGUCAAGAUGAUCGUGGAGGUGAGCCGGUCGGUGGUCGUCAUGACGACGCAGCUCAUCUUCAAACUGCUGAAGUCCAAGGAGGCGUCGACCGCCGUGGACAUCCGGACCUGGCCCCCCGUCCUGGACACGGACGAUUUGCCAAAGAAGAAACCUCUGCUCUACAAGCCGUCCAACGCCGACACCCUGGCCUACCUGGACUUCAGUGUCUCCACCACCGGCAUGCUCGCUGGAGUCAAGAUGUCCCACACAGCCACCAGUGCCUUCUGCCGCUCCAUCAAGCUGCAGUGCGAGCUGUACCCGUCCAGAGAGGUCGCCAUCUGCCUGGACCCGUACUGCGGCCUGGGCUUCGUCCUCUGGUGCCUCUGCAGCGUGUACUCGGGUCAUCAGUCCAUCCUGAUCCCCCCCUCCGAGCUGGAGGUGAACCCGUCCCUGUGGCUGUCGGUCGUCAGCCAGUACAAGGUCCGCGACACGUUCUGCUCCUACAGCGUCAUGGAGCUGUGCACCAAGGGGCUCGGCCUGCAGACCGACGCCCUCAAGGCUCGAGGCGUGGACCUGUCCCGCGUGAGGACCUGCGUGGUGGUGGCGGAGGAGCGGCCCCGGACGGCCCUGACGCAGUCCUUCUCCAAGCUCUUCAAGGACCUGGGCCUCCACCCGCGGGCCGUCAGCACCUCCUUCGGCUGCCGGGUCAACCUGGCCGUCUGCCUGCAGCCUCACAGGCUGGGAAAGCUUGCCGACCAGGGAACCUCAGGACCCGACCCCACCACUGUGUACGUUGACAUGAGGGCGCUGCGACACGACAGGGUCCGCCUGGUGGAGCGGGGGUCCCCUCACAGCCUGCCGCUCAUGGAGUCUGGAAAGAUCCUACCGGGGGUCCGGAUCAUCAUCGCCAACCCAGAGACCAAAGGACCAAUGGGGGAGUCCCACCUGGGAGAGGUCUGGGUGCACAGCGGCCACAACGCCAGCGGGUACUUCACGGUCUACGGAGACGAGGCGCUGCAGUCGGACCACUUCACCUCCAGGCUCAGCUUCGGAGACACGCAGAGCCUCUGGGCUCGGACCGGAUACCUGGGCUUCCUGCGCAGGACCGAGCUCACCGACGCCAGCGGAGGGCGUCACGACGCCCUGUACGUGGUCGGCGCUCUGGAGGAAGCCAUGGAGCUGAGAGGGAUGCGUUACCACCCCAUCGACAUCGAGACCUCCGUCAUCAGGACGCACAAGAGCAUCACAGAGUGCGCCGUGUUCACGUGGACCAACCUGCUGGUGGUGGUGGUGGAGCUGGACGGCUCGGAGCACGAGGCCCUGGACCUGGUCCCGCUGGUCACCAACGUGGUCCUGGAGGAGCACUACCUGAUCGUGGGCGUGGUGGUGGUGGUCGACAUCGGCGUCAUCCCCAUCAACUCCCGCGGCGAGAAGCAGCGCAUGCACCUGCGCGACGGCUUCCUGGCCGACCAGCUGGACCCCAUCUACGUGGCCUACAACAUGUAGCCGGGCGCCCCCUGGUGGAGGGGGGACGAAAGGACUAUUUUUUUUUAAAGGAAAGACGCUCCGGAAGAAUGAAGUCGGAGAAGUUAGCAACGUUUUUACUCACGUGCCGUUGACGACCGUUUCCCAGAAUCCUUUUUUUUUUUUUUUUAAGCGUUCAGGCUGUGGUUUUUAUUCGCAGGAGGCGAGAUUUGCACUCGGCCAACCCCCCCCCCCCCCCCCCCCCGAUCCAGAUCAAGGAAGUUCUUCCGUCGACUGUUUACCGGAAAAAAAUUAAAAUGGCAAUCGCGUGUCCGAGUUGGCGGACGAGAGGACAAUCGUUAGCAAAGAUUUCUGGCUUUUAAACUGCGUGUGUAUCACUUUAAGAAAAACUAUUUUUUAGCUGUUCAAGUAUUUGCUGACGUCGCUUGUUUUUGUUUGUUUUCUUACACACGUCCUCAGAAUAGUUUCGGCUAUUUUUUUUUCUAGUUUCGGAUAUUUGUACGAUAUCCACCGAUUACAAAAGAGCUAGCUGUGUUCCGAUAAGAGGGGGAGGGUCCUUCAGCUUGUUUUUUCCCGAUGAGGUACAACACGUUUUGUUUCACGCCGGCUUGUUUUUUGUUUGUUUUGUAAACGUUACGGGUUUUUUUUUUACGUUCUUUUUUCUCCGAACAAUCCAUCAAAUUCGCGCGCUAAUAAUCCGACGAGCUGCUGCUUUCAACUGCGUUUGUUUUUUGCGCGUACGAACGCGCUUCGACUGAAGCAUAAAAACCAAUACGUGAAUUCAUAUCGUGUAAGUAUGUACAAAAAGAAACCGAUUUAAUUUAUUUUGUUUCUCUUUUAAGAAGUAUACGAUGAGACGUUAAAGAAUGUUUUGCUCUUGAAUAUUUGCUAAUAUAAAAAAUAAAAAAUAAAAAGCAUUGUAUUUUGAGUGAAACGCACUCGCGUCCAAGCAUAUUAUGGUAAAAACAGAAAUAUAUAAUUAUAGUUUAUAUUAAAAAGUAAAGGAUUCACACACUACAGAAGCAAUGUUUGGUUUUUUUAACCUGCAUGUUGGUCUGAAAUGUUUAAAUCUGUUAAAUUAGAAGUUUUAUUUCACGUGAAGAGUUCUGAACCAAAACAUCAACUUUUAUUUGAUUCAUCUAAAAAAGUUCUCAUUUUCCCCCAAAAACUUAAUGCCUUUAUGCCUUUAAAUCUCAAAUAAUUCCUUCUUAUUUUUCAUUUGUGCGCUGAAUAUUAUUUUUAGAAGUAUUUACAUAAUUCAACAAUAAUCUCUUUUUUUGCACAAAUAUAUCCCUUUGUAGUUUGAGGUUAUAAAUGACAAUCAUAUAAUUAAUUACUAACUGGACUCCAACUUAAUUGAGGAGAUGUUCAGCGAUUGAGGAUGUUUGCUGACAUUUAAACAACAACCUAAAAGUUUUUAAAAACUAUUUUUUAAUCGUUAAAUAUUCGGAUCUCUCAACUUUGGAUCAGAACUCUUCAGAAAUCACCUUUUACCAGGUAAGAGUUUCUGAACCCUCUUCCUUUGAACCAGACCAACAAGCGGCACUGGACUCAUUUCGGGGCGCCGGUGAAUCGUCGGUGUGUUCCCACGGCGGGGGCGGGGCGAGCAGCCGCCAUUAUUGUAAAUAUCAGAAGUCCUUCAUAUUUUUUACACGGACAGAUCAAUCAGGGCUCCUUGAGUGAUGUCACAACAGGAAUAGAAGACAGGAAGCAGAAUGUGAAGCGUGUUCCCAGAAGCCCUUUGACCUCUUCAACCGGAAUGUUCCGGUUCCAAAACACAUGAAAAGAGGGGGGAACAACAACAAGAAAAAGCACUUUCUUCACUUUCUUUCUUUGUCUCAGUUAAAUGUUUGUCGUCCCCUCCCCGGUAUGUUUUUUUUCCUUCUUUUUUUUUAAAGGCUAAAAAGAAAAAAGAAAAGAAAGUCUUAUUUGAGUUGACAUGAAGUCUUUUAAUUAAAUAAAUAUUUCAGCAAUUUUGACAGUAAAAAUAA